AUGAAGGAUGCGGAUGGUCGAUUCGAAAUCCUGUGCCUCUCUGGAUCAUACCUGGUUAUAGAUGACGGUGUUUCACGCACACGGAAUGGAGGUCUAUGCAUAGAGCUGUGUGGCGCUGAUCACAGGGUGAUUGGAGGAAGCGUUGGUGGAGUCCUGACAGCAGCCGGGACAGUUCAGGUGAUUGUGGGGAGCUUCAUGUACGCGGGGUCGAAGAAGAGCAGGAAGGGCAAGGCCGGGGAGGAGUCUGCUGUGGCGGAGGAAGAACAGACCGGCGAUGCCAACGGGGGCAGGGGCAGGGGUGGAGACGGAGUUGGAGUCGAGGCGGAGGAAGAGGGCCUUCGCCGCUGAUGCCGAUGCCCCACGGAGAGGAGGAGCUGCCGUUGGACGCGAUGAUGAGCAGGUGGACGGGCAUGAUGCGGCAGAUGGAGUCGCGGUCCUGCGGCAUCGACAUCAACUCGAUCCGGGAGUGAAGGAUGUAGACUGUUUAAUUAGUUUGGUACGGCGGAAGUUGAGCCUAGGCUAGCUUAGCUAGUGGAUGAUGGAUGAUUCUAGGGUUUGGUUGGGUUGGUUGUGUUCCUCUCCUGCGUGGGUUUAAAAAGAAGUCUAGUUAGUAUAAUGAAUGUCGUCGUCGAGUAUGAUCAGUUUAACCGAUGAUGUUGGCGCCGGUCGGUCGGGCGGAUCUAUGAUGGAAAUAGUGGAUUCGGUUGUUGGU